AGCGUUCGAUCUGUAACCAUGUCAAACGGUCUUUUCCUCUAUCAAAGUCUAUCUCAUUGAAACUUUAUAUUCACUUACUCACAGGACUUAAUUCAUUGCAUACUAACAUUCUGUGAUAUUUGGUUUGCGUAACACCGCAUAAAAAUGGACAUUUCGUUUCCGUGUUUAUUUUACAACUGUCUCUCAGACUCUAACAGCAUGGCAAUAUGGAUGUACCUUUUUAUGACUAUAUAUUCUGUGAAUUCGCAAUCUACUACCCCUCCGACGGCAGUGUCGGCACCGGAAUUUACAAACUACCGUCAGCUGGACUAUGAAGGAAAAUACAUUCUAGGAUGGAAGCACAAUGCCACAGAUAUUGAGUUUGAAGUCACCGUCCAGACGCCAGGCUAUGUCGGACUUGGAUUCUCCAAGACAGGCGAAAUGAGACCGUCGGAUAUGGUUAUCGGAUGGAUUACCGACGGCCAAAUGUACCUUGGGGACUAUCACGUGAAUGAAACGGACCGCAUACCGCUAAUGGACGACAAACCAGAGUCAGAUUGGGUGGUUUUGGGUGGGAUUGAAGUGAACGGUACCACCGUCCUUCGAUUCUCCAGGAAGUUGGAUACCUGCGACCCUCAGGAUCAGGUUAUCACGGGCGAUAGAAUGUCAGUGAUUUGGGCCUACCAUGACAUUGAACCAGAUGUUAAUACUGGUUUGAUGCAGAAACACGACAUGAACAACCGAGGAGUAGUCAACAUGAACUUGCUGAACGAUGACGUCAUGCUUACGUCAUUUCCGUCGGAUACGUAUAUGAUUGAUGCUACAAUUGGCGAGUUUACCAUUCCGGCUGUAGGAUCCACAUUGCAGUGCCGAGUGUUCGCUAACGGGGCUAUCCCAGCAGGGAACUUGAUAAAGUUCGAGCCCUCGAUCACCCCUGGUAACGAGCCGCAUGUGUACCGGAUGUCACUGUACCAGAGUGGAAAUGUGACGUCAAACUUAGAGAACACGCUUCACAACUGUGACGACCUUUCGUCACUUGUCAGGUCCAGGCUGGUGGCCACGUGGUCAAUGGGUGGACAGGCAUUCCACAUGCCGGAAGGGGUUGGUCUUCCAAUGGCAGGCUUAGGCUAUGUGCUAGAGAUCCACUACUCUAAAUGGCAAGAAAUGACAGAUGAGAAUGGUUCUCCAGUGACCAUUCCCGACGGGUCAGGCCUGCGUCUAACCUACACGACCUCCCCCGUCACCCACUUGGCUGGAAUGCUGGAGCUAGGAAGGGCUAUCUCGAGUGGUUGGUCUCAGCUGAUACCUGAUAAAGAAACAGCCUUCACAUCCACAGCCUACUGCUCACCGAAAUGUAUGACAUGGGGAUUCAAUAACGAUAACGAGCCAAUGAACGUGUUUGGGGUUCUGCUGAAAGGAAAUGACGUAGCGAGGUCAUUGAAGGUGCGUCACUUCCGUAAUGAAACGGAACUGCCCUGGAUUGACUCAGAUGGCGCUUUUUCCAACUUUUUCCAGGCGCCUCGGAGACUCAACGUCCCAGUUCAAGUAAAAUUUAAUGAUACACUGGCCGUGGAAUGUACCUACGACACGAGUGAUAGGGUUGGACCCACGCGGGGCGGAUUUUCCCGCGUCCAAGAGCUGUGCCGUGCCACCUUGAUCUACUACCCGGUCAAGCAGUUUGAUAUGUGCCUCAGUUGGUCCAGCUUCGAUAAGCUUCAGAAUGAAAAAGGAAAUAUAGUGCCAGAAAAGGAUGCCAUGGGCUACCUACAGAACGCGACGGCGUGGGAUGCCGAUCUGAGAAGGAGGUUUAAGGCUGCCCUCACCAUGUCCGACGAGCGGUCCGUUUGCUCUUCUAUAUCACGACAACCAGCGUACGCCAUAGACAGGUUCGAGAUUCCUGUAAUAAAGACACCCCAUGCUCCUACGGAGAAGUGCCAGAAAUUCAAACUGAACAGCUUCAACUGAGGCCCUGCAAUGUCUACCGGAAUUUUUUUUAUAUAUAUGUAUAUGUAUAUAUAUAUAUAUAUAUAUAUUGUGUGUGUGCUUACAUUUUACAUUAGUUUCAGUUGUUUGAUAAUGACCUCUGACUAAGAACAAUUAUUUCAGAUAUUAACAUGUCGUUUUUACCAUUGAUAUAUUUGGCUUUCUGCCUAUUCAUGUUAUUGUUUUUGAUUCUAUAAAUAGUAACAGAUCGCUGCUAAGCCAUAAGCCGUGUGCAAAAAAACAAAACAUUUUGGUUAAUUAAAAGUAGACCUCGGUAAUUAAAAAUUAUAAAGUAAUUUCUCUUACUUAUAAUUUAAUAAUAUGCCAUACUAGAAAGAUCUGAAAAUUCAUACUUUGAAUAUAUAAAACAAGUUUCUAAAAUACAUUUUUGUUUAUAUUGUUUAACGAAUUAAAAUAAGAACAUUUUUAUCUGAUAUAUUGCAGAAAGCGUCGUUAUAUUUUUAUAAAAAACAUCGGUUACAAAAUACAUAUAUGAAUUUCAAUAGCUUUAUUAUCGAACAUUCUCAAAAUCGGUCCGCAAAUAAAAAAAUCAAUAAAACGAUUGUUAAAAUCUACUGCUAUUUAUACGCGAAGCACGUCUGCAUAUUGUUAAAACAGUCGUUCUAUCGUCUCACUACUUUUGUUGAUAACACAUCAGUGUGUGUAUACCAUGUGAUGAAUUGCGUCAUAAAUGCUUCGUCGGACGGCAAUAUUUUUCAACCAAUGAAGACAUUAAACAAAGAUUACUUCACUAUUUCUUCACCAUUUUCAAUGAAACAUUGCGCAGUCUAUGCCGCUUACGGAGCCGCGCCUUCGUACGUUUACAAGAGGUCGAUUGAGAGUUUAGUUUCUUAAAACACUUCGACAAACCUUUUCACAAUACAGCCGUCUGACGGAGCAUUGUCAAAACAUUAUUUUGGAAACAGGUUUGUUGAAGCGUUUCGUAAUCACCUAAUCAAACUUCGGUAAUAAAACGAAGUCUGGGCAUAGACUGCCCUUUGUUUUAUUUAAAAUUAUGUCGUAAAAAGUAUCUUUGAUUUAAGUCAUUAUUUAACGCAGAAUGUUGCCUUCCGAUGUAGCAUAUAUGACGUAAUUUAUCACUAGUUAUACAUACACUGAACAUGGAAGCUUGUUUAAAGCAAUGAAUACACCUAUCAAUGAUUUGCCCGACCGGGGAGGACGGCGUGCAAAUAGAUGACUUAACAUUUAGGGUGCUUCCCGAAAUUAGGAAUUUUGACAGGCCCGGCGAGACCGCCAACCGAGGAAUAAAUAGACUUGGUCGGAUACGUCUUUCAAAGAAUUAUCGAUGCCUUAAACAUUUCCGACUCAAGCGAUUUUGCCAAAAAAAUCCUCUUGGGUGAUUUUUUAAGACAACAAAAUAUACAGUUUUUCUAAAUCCUCCGUUGCACCACCCACCUCCCCGUCCCCCCACGGUGGGGAAAAAUUAUGAUAGGUGCAUAAUUGAUUGCGUUUUCGGUCAAUGGUUUGUGAAUAUAAACGACCGAGCAUUGUACUUGAACGAUAAAUAAUAUAUCUUAUUUAUAUAUGAUGACAUUGGUAGCUCUUUGACAUUCAAGCAAAGACAUUGUGCAUGCUAUCCUUUAUUGUAGUAAAAUGAGAA